AAUUUGACCAAUUUGUACUGAUUUUGAACGCAUAAACCAAUCGCUAUUGAGACUGCUCUUUUUAUUUUGGUUGGAAAAUGAAUUAAUUAUAUACUUUUACGUUAGGAUCACUUGCUAUUUAUUUUAAAAAGAACUAUCAUUUGUUAGUUAAUAUAACAUAGGCAACCGAAUAAAACAUGCGUUAAAUAAAAAAUACAAAAUUAUGAUGAUAAUAUGCUAGUGACUAUUAUUUGUGUCAUAACAUUCAGCGCACGGAAAUACUUAUUAAUAGAAGAUGAUGGAGCUUCUUGCUCAUAUCUGUUCACAGAUUGGCGUUGAAGGUAUGAGAGGUAUAGAAGUCCGACCUUUGGCGGGUGGAGGCCGCUUUGAGAUUGUUAGGCGGGGACUCACAUUCGCGUUACCAGAGGCAAGCUCAUCAAGACAAGUCUUUGGAAUCGCAGAGCCAAUCAUCGGUCGUCAGAAUUAGCGAAAUAUAUAGCUCAUCAAGAUAUGAUAUUUUUUUGUCUCGUUGACCCAUAUGCUACUUGACAUUGUGAUGUUUUUUCUAAAAUCUCAAUAAAUGUUGUUUGACUUUGAGGUUAUAGGCUGUAUUAAAGCUAUUCCUACACUAAGAUUUGGAUUGUUACAAACUUGUGUUGAUAAUAUGCUAGUGACUAUUAUUUGUUUCUUAACAUUCAGCGGAAAUAUUUAUCCAAACAACUAUUGAUUGAUGUGUUAGUAAAUUAAACAAAAAAAAAAAAAGAUCAUCAUCAUCCACAACUAAAAAAACCAAUCAAGAAAUUGCAUCGUAAUUAGCAUAAGUUCUUACAACAGAUCAGUGUAGAUAAAUUAAAGACUUGUUCUAAAUGUAGAACAGUCGUCGGAAAGAAGAAGAAAAAGAACACUAAAAACCAUCAAAGUGGAGGGGCUGUGGGUUAUUGGAAGCCUUUCAACUCUAGUGCUUGUCUUGCCUUAUGUCUGUAGCUUGACUUAGUUGCGCCACAGUAUCUCGAGAUUAUAAAUUUUAACGGAAAAAAAAAAGUUUCAUCUAAACAAGCUUAAAGAAUUGUGAAUGAUUCCAUGGUGAAUUUUGUAAAUUGUAGACUAAUUUUAACGAAAAAAAAAUACUCUACUAAAGCUGCUUCUAAUCCUUAUAAUAUAAUGAUCUCAUUGUGAAUUUUGCUACUAUAUAUAGUCUCGUAAUUAACCGUUUUAUAUUAUAGGUGUUCAAUCGUUUGACCAAUACCGUGUAAAAUUGAAUAGAAACCGAAACUAAACCGAACUUGAGCAUAUCCCGGUUUGAUUUGAUUACUACAUGACAUUACUAUAUAUAGGCCAAGAGUCGUUAGGAGUGAUGUUUAUUAUGGAGAGAAACAGAUCAAAGAAUCGUUCCCUUUGAUCAUGGCAGCGACGUUAAUCUCUUCUUUGGCCGUUCUCUUACCGUUAACGUUACUAGCUCCGUCAAUUUCCAUGAAAAUCUCUCGAAUCGACGUCAUCGGUUGGAUUUGUAACAACGGCACCGUCUCUCACGAGGAGGCUUACCGGAGAUCUUAUCAGAUUAACCUCGACGCGAUCAGAGAUGAUAUGAGGCAUGUCAAGUUUGGAACUCAUGAACACGGAGAUCCUCCGCAGAGAAUGUACGUUUUGUCGCAGUGUGUUAGCGAUCUCUCAUCCGACGAAUGCAGUUUAUGUUGGUCACGUGCUACCGAUCUCCUCUCUCAAUGUUUUCCGGCCACCGGUGGUUGGUUUCACCUUGACGGUUGUUUCGUUAGAGCUGAUAAUUACAGCUUCUAUCAAGAACCUGUUUCUCAUCAGGACACCAAGAUAUGUGCUAGUGACAAGGAGAAGUCUGCAGAAUUGAAAGGUUUAGUAAAGGAAGUGACCAAAUCCAUUGUUGAGACGGCUCCAUAUAGUCAAGGUUUCUCGGUGGCUAAAAUGGGAACCCGUGGUUUAACGGUUUACGGGUUGGGAAUAUGCUGGCGAACGCUAGAUGAUGAGUUGUGCAAAUUAUGCUUAGCAGAUGGAGCUUUAUCGGUCUCUAGCUGUGUACCAUCCAAAGAAGGUUUUGCCUUGAAUGCAGGCUGCUACUUGCGUUACUCUAACUAUACCUUUUAUAACGAACGUGGAUUGCUUUCUAUGAAUUUAACAAAAGAAAAUUUUGUGCAUAUAUUCGUUCUUUCUAUGGUGGGUGUGUUGGCUAUUGCAGCUGGAUUUUGGUGUGGAAAAUGCAUCUAUAUACGAACUAGUCCAAAGAAGAAGCUUAAAGGUAAGUUCCUUGUGUGGAACUAAUUAAGACUAUAUUGUGCCAAAGGUAAUUUAGCUCAUACAUGAACUAAGAUUAAAAAGUCUCACUUGUUUGGACAUCUAAGGAUAGAGAAGGAGUCAGAGUCUAUAUGUAAUGACUCACACUUGAUGAGCUUUGAGUAUUCAACUCUUAAAAAAGCAACCAACAACUUCAAUGAGAGUUGCAAGCUUGGUGUUGGUGGAUAUGGGGAAGUCUUCAAGGGAACUCUGUCUGACGGUAGAGAAAUUGCGAUUAAACGGCUGCAUAUAACAGGAAAGAAGCCACGGGACGAGAUCCAUAAUGAAAUAGAUGUAAUUAGUAGAUGCCAACACAAGAACUUGGUUAGGCUCUUAGGUUGCUGCUUCACUAACAUGAAUAGUUUCAUUGUUUAUGAGUUCCUCGCCAACACAAGCCUAGAUCAAGUCUUAUUCAACCCCGAGAAGAAGAAAGAGCUCGACUGGAAGAAGAGGCGGACAAUAAUCUUAGGAACAGCUGAAGGUUUAGAAUAUCUUCACGAAACGUGCAAGAUCAUUCACAGAGAUAUCAAAGCAAGCAACAUUCUGUUAGACUUAAAGUACAAACCCAAAAUUUCAGAUUUUGGAUUAGCCAAGUUUUAUCCAGAAGGUGGCAAAGACAUCCCUGCUCCUUCUCCUUCUCCUUCUUCAAUCGCGGGCACUCUAGGAUAUAUGGCUCCUGAAUACAUUAGCAAGGGAAGACUAAGCAAUAAAAUCGAUGCUUAUAGCUUCGGAGUCCUUGUUCUCGAGAUAACCAGCGGUUUUCGAAACAACAAAUUCCGCUCUGAUAACUCCCUUGAAACCUUAGUCACUCAAGUUUGGAAAUGUUUUGCUUCAGACAAGAUGGAGGAGAUGAUAGACAAAGAUAUGGGAGAAGAAACAGAUAAGAGAGAAGUGAAGAGAGUACUGCAGAUUGGUUUGUUGUGUACACAAGAGUCUCCACAGCUUCGUCCAACGAUGUCUAAGGUUAUACAAAUGGUUAGUUCCACAGAUAUUGUAUUGCCCACUCCUACUAAACCACCUUUCCUUCAUGAUUCCAUGUAAAAAUUCAUGUAUAAUUUAUAUAGAUCCCUCACUACCUUAUUGUUAAUAACAUGUUACAAG